AUGAGGGCCCAAACCACCAUCAGCAACGUCCUGAGGGCAGUGGUCAUCGUCUCUGGUCUCACAACUGCCACCCCCCUCCUCCGUCGAUGGACUGUUGGUCAGACUGUCAACACCACUGGCGGAUUGGUCAAUGGUCAUGCCGCCCCCGACGUGGACCAGGUUUCUGAGUAUCUGGGUAUUCCGUACGCUGAGCCGCCCGUCGGUAGCUUGCGCUUUCAGCCUCCCGUCAAGUUCACCGGCACCAAAGCUAUUAACGGCUCCGCUUUCGGCCAUCAAUGCAUGCAACCAGCCGGCAGCAGCACCUCUCUCGACGCCAUCAAGAAGCUUGGUGUUCCAGCCUCAGCUGCGGUAGUUCUCACCGCACUCACCGACACCGGCUCUCAGAGUGAAGACUGCUUGACUCUGAAUGUGUGGUCGAAGCAACAAGCCGGUGAUGCCAAGAAGGCUGUGUUGGUCUGGAUUCACGGAGGCGCCUUCACAACAGGAAGCUCCCGAACCGCCGCCUACAACGGAAGGUUCAUUGCGGACGAGAAUGACGUUGUGGUCGUGUCCAUGAACUACCGCCUCAACGUCUUCGGCUUUCCUGGAAAUCCCGCUACGGCACCUAACCUUGGACUUCUCGACAUCCGCAUGGCCCUUCAAUGGGUCCGGGACAACGUUGGCAGGUUUGGAGGCGACUCUCAGCGCAUUACAAUCUUCGGCCAGAGUGCUGGUGGGUCGCUCGUGGACUACUACUCGUAUGCCUACGCGUCCGAUCCGAUUGCCAAUGGCUUCAUCCCGAUGAGCGGAGUCGCCACGGGCUUUGGUGUCUUCACCAACGAAACCGUUAAUGCCAAGUGGUUCAACGUUACCAGCAACGUCGGUUGCGGCGGCAACACAACAGACCCCAAGACCGUGUCUGAGUGCAUGCUCAGCAAGACUGCUGAAGAGAUCAUUGGUAAGGGAUUGUCUGCCAGCGACGCCGGAUUGGGCUCCGCGAACGGUCUCUCCUUUGCACCAACGGUCGACGAUGCGCUUGUGUUUGCCGACUACAGCGGCCGCCCAUCGGCCGAUGGCGGCUACGUGAUCGGCAACCUGGAAAAUGAGGCCGGUCUGUUUAAGCUCGGGAGCCCGGACACCAACGAAACGUACUGGCUCGGACUCAACAACGUAGCCUUCACCUGCCCGGCUGGCAGACGAGCGGCACGAGCCGUCACUGCUGGCCAUCCCACCUGGAGAUACCGCUACUUUGGCGAUUUCCCCAACCUUGCCAUCACCACGACGCCUGCUAGCGGUGCAUGGCAUGCAUCUGAGCUCCCUGUUCUUUUCAACACCGUGCCCCAGUCAGCGAUUAACAGCACCGUACAAGAAGUGGCCGUCGGCAAGUACCUUCGCGGCGCCUGGGCUGCUUUUGCCAAGAACACCAAGACGGGGCUGAUCGACUACGACUGCCACGGCAUGUGGCCGAUGUACAAGCUCGACGACGAGAAAACCAUGAACCGCAUCUCGUUCGCCAAUGGCACCGGCAGCAACCUAGUCGCCGGCGGUUCUUACGACGGCUUGUGCGCGAUACUGGGCGUGCCCGUCAACUGA